AGCACGCCCUCCAGAUCUACCUGAAACCUCCACGCCAGUUAAUUGUCAUUGUUGAAGGGCGAGAAAAGGGAGAUUGAACCCCGAUUUUAUUUGCAGCCUCGCCGUGUUCCCAUGAUGUCAUACCUGUGGAUUCUGCUAUUAGGAAGCCUGCUGGCUACGCACGCCAAGGCACAAGAUGAUAUAAUCCCAACAGUAGAGCCAUCUAUUGAAACUUCCACAUCUAAAGCAGAUGUAGAGGUCAUCGACCAGCAUAACCUUGAGGAGGUGGUCACUGCAACUGAGGAAGCAUUGCAGCCUGAGCCCACUGCUGACCCUGAAUUGAUCCAAGAAGCAAAUGCUGCAGAUGUAAGCACAGAGCCAGUGGCUACAGAUGCUCCUGCAGGUGAGGAGGGGCAAUCAGCGAGUCCUACGACUGGAGAAACAGAACCAGUUAUUUCUGAAGCACCCACAACCACACAAGCUGCUGAUUCUGAGGAUGACACUCCAGAAGCUACGCAAACAGCAGUUAAUGAGGAGGAGCAACCCACCACAAAUGCGAAUACAUCACCUGCUCAAGACAAGAGUGGACUUCAUGACAUCAUAACAACAGUAGGUCUAGAAGCCAAUGAGGAGGCACCAACUGAUCCAUCUGCUAAUGAAGAGUCAUCCACAGAUGAUUUCACAACAGUCACAGAUGAAACUGUCACUAUAAAUCCAGGGUUUAACAUUGAGAAGACGUCAAUUGCAGAGCAGGAAACACAUGGGUUAAACCAGGAAACUCCCGUGAAGAGCAGGAUGGGACCACGGCAGAAUUCAGGUGCACCUUUUUCGAAAGACGGAAAGGAAAACGAAGAUGUGCCUGCUUUGGGUGCCUCAGAGAGCGGUGCAGAUCAACAGCCCCAAAAGGCCAGCUCAGGCUCUUUAGCAGCAAUCCUUAGUGUGAUUGUUGUGUCUGCAGUGGGAGCAAUCGCUGGAUACUUCACCUAUCAACAGAAGAAGCUGUGCUUCAAAAAUAGACAGGAAGCAGACCCUGAGGCUCCACACAAAGCUGAUGCAGCAGAGGCUCGGUCAGAUCCCCAGGUUCUUAGCAACCUUCUGAACUCCUCCUAGACCUGAAACGAUCACCUUACCGCCCGGGCCAACUACAGUCUAGCAAAGUGGCAAUCUCACUGUUCGGCUCUAUCCUCUGUAGAGCUAAAUUACUGUGAGGCCCCAGAGUAGGGCUGCGUGUUUCAGUCUGAAUUUCUAUGUCUGUAUGUUGCUCUACACGAGCCUGCGUGGAUGUGUCUCAGUGUGCGUGUGAAUAAUAUCCGUUCAUUCUUGUGUGUGCAUAAAUGUGGAAAGAAGGAGCUAGAUAAAGAUCAUGUGAUCUUUAGGGCUUUUAUUAUUGUUAUAAAAAAUGUAUUAAA